GCUCUAGAAAACUUCGUGACUGAUUUGAUUUCUGAAAAAUCCUUUGAUUUCUUUGAAAUAAUAUUUGAAAAUGUUUGCUCAGAGCAUUGAAGUAUUUUUUUACUAUGGAUAUACUCGUAUAAUUAAUCUUCAAAUUAAAAGUCUUUAUUUUUCUAUACGCUACUAGAUUUACAAAUUGUGGUAUAAUAAAUUAAAUAUCAUAAAGAAUAAGGGAACGUGUAAGAACACACUAGUUGUAAUCAUACUCUAAAGACGAUGCAGCACAAAGUCAAGGAUGCAUGUCGAUCAAUAAUUUUCUGUCAAGCCGUGGGGGUAGGAGAAUUUUUCUGGAAACCCCGUCUGGGCCUGGAUUUGUCCAUACCAACAACUGAGAGCACGGUAGAGGUUAUCAAACCUACUAAAGAAAAUAUUAAAGCAGGGCUUGUAACAUUAAUUGAUGGAUAUCAAGCUGGAAUAUCAUUUAUAGCAAUUGUUGCUGGAGUUACCAGUGCCAGAACAAAUUUUCAUUUAAAUCCUAUAUCUGCGUACUUUUACACCAAUGUCUACAGAUGGGGCCUAAGAUAUUUCAGCCUUGUACCUGCAUGGUUAAGCGGUCACGGUGGCAACUUUGUUGAAACUACUAAAGUAUGGAAGAGGCGAUUCUACUACAUGGAUGAGUUUUUACCAAAGUGGGCUCGAUAUAUGUUCCCUUAUGUGAAACAAGCAGAAUGGGAGCAGGAACAAAAAGAAUUCAAGAAGUUCAAAAAACAUGCUGAAUCUGCAUUUGGUAAACACUACGUAUUCCCAACGAAAGUAUUUAACAAUUUUUUAAGUCAGGAAACCAAAGAAACUUUGGAAGACGUAGAUAUUUCCUCGAUUUCUAUUUCUGGGGAAAAAAAGCCCGAUCCAGUAUCCAAGUAGGUGAGAAAAUAUUGAUUAUGGACUAUGUUUGUACUUAGUUGAAUGUUUAUAGUUGAUUUACACCAAUAAAUUGGUAAAUUUAGAAUUUAAAUAACCACCUGAAAAUAAAUGAAUCUUUAAUUAUCUCGUCUGCACCUUAACUUUAACCUGCAUUAGAAUUUCAUUACAUAAUUCUGAAGAGGUACCAUAUGUAAUGGUAAUUUUUGCUUGUUUAUAAUAUACCUACUAUUGUUUUGUUUCAUAUCUACCUACUCCCGAGCUGUGUACACGAAAAUUCCUUGAGACACUCGCAACCUAUAUUAUGUAUCAGUUUCAUAAAAUAUGUACUAUUAU